AUGGGGUCGGGACGGGACAAGCGAAAGAAGAAGAAUCCCAAGGCGCCAGGACAGGGGGCGGCGAAGACUGCGGAGAAGACCGCGAAGAACCAGGGGAAGAAGUCGCGGCGCGCGGCGCAGCGGCUCGAGGGCGAUGAGGACGACAUCGACGCGUUGCUGGAGCAGUUCAAGCUCGCGGACGCGCGGAACAAGACCGCGGUGAUCGAGAAGGACGUCCCGCCUCCCUCGCCCAGGGUCAACGCGUCGUUCGUGGCGUACGAGACCCAGCGUUCGAAGGAGGUCGUCCUGUACGGCGGCGAGCACAUGGACAGCAACGACAAGGCGAGGGUUUAUGGGGACCUGUAUCGCUACGACGUGGCGCGCAACACGUGGAGCCGCCUGCGGAUCCCCGGCGGGCCGAAGCCCCGCAGCGCCCACCAGGCCGUCGUCCACAGGCACUACAUGUGGGUGUUCGGGGGCGAGCUCACGUCCCCGAACAUGGAGAAGUUCCACCACUUCCGCGACCUGUGGCGCCUGGACCUGCAAAGCAAUGUUUGGGAGGAAAUGAAGAUCAAAGGCGGCCCGUCCGCGCGGUCGGGGCACCGCAUGGCCGUGUGGCGCGGCCACCUGGUCCUCUUCGGCGGGUUCUACGACACGGGCGCGGAGCUGAGGUACUACAACGACCUGUGGCUCUUCGACACUGAACAUAUGGAGUGGCAGCAAGUAGCGAGCGACGCCGGAGCGGGGCCGAGCCCGCGGUCGGCGUGCCAGCUGUGCGUGUACGGGCAGAAGCUGUUCCUCUACGGCGGGUACACGCGGAAGGCGGACGAAGACGAUCCGGAAAUAGAACGCGCGAAGGUGCACGCGGACAUGUGGUGUUUCGAUUUUAGCGCGAUGCGGUGGGAGAAGAUCAAGCGCGCGGGCAUGGCGCCCGGCCCGCGAGCGUCCUUCGCGAUGGUCCCGCACAAGAAGCGCGCGGUGCUGUUCGGCGGCGUGUCGGACCAGGACGCCGGCCGCGAGGGGGAGUUGAUCGUCAGCGAGUUCUACAACGAGGCGUACUCCUUCGCGUUCGAAACGCAGCGGUGGUUCCCGCUCCAGAUCCGGGCGAAGAAGACGCAGGGCGCGCAGGGGGACGGGGGCACGGAGGAAGGCGUUGCUGCGGCGCCCGUGCCGGCCGGCGCGACGGUGGUGCAGCACGAGGGGGAUGUGGCGUUCAAGGCAGCGCGACGCAUCCAGGCGCACUUCCGGGGAUACAUCACGCGGAAGGCGUACGUGGCGUACAGGGUGGGCGGCGUGGUCAGCGAGCUGCUGUACUCGCCGGCCUCCUAUGGAGUGGACCCCGGCAGCAGGAACACGCCGAAACCGCGGGCGCGGAUCAACGCGGCGAUGGCCGUCAUCGGCAACGAUCUCUGGCUGUACGGAGGUGCGCACGGCACGACGAAACGCGCCAAGCGGCAUGCAGCCGGCAAGCACGCGCGCUCCGUUUGCGAUCUUCGCUCCGCCGCCCGGCGCCGCAGGGAUCGUGGAGGUGGGCCACAAGGGCACGGUGCGUGA